AUGGAUGUCUCUCAAGCUGUCUCCGGAUACCUGUCCAAGAUGAUGCUGUCUUCGGGCGAUGCUUCAUCUUCAAAGAUGAAGGUUCUGUUGCUAGAUAGGGAGACUAUUUCCAUCGUCUCAACAGCCAUCACACAGUCCUCGCUGCUUGACUAUGAAAUCUAUCUCAUUGACCGCCUGGACAAUGCUAGCCGCGAGAAGAUGCGCCAUCUCCGGUGUAUAUGCCUGGUUCGCCCCUCGUCAGAGACAAUACAGCUGCUUAUAGAUGAGCUUCGGGAUCCGAAAUACGGAGAGUACUAUCUCUUCUUCACAAACGUAGCCAAGAAAUCUGCUUUGGAGCGGCUUGCCGAGGCGGACGACCACGAAGUCGUCAAGCUUGUGCAGGAGCAUUUCGCCGAUUAUAUCGUCAUCAACCCAGAUCUAUUCAGUCUCAACAUGUCUCUUCCGCAGCAGCGGAUAUGGGCUGGUAGCCCUGACAAAUGGCACCCCGAUUCUCUCCAGCGUUGCUCUGAAGGUCUUUUGGCUGUGCUUCUCUCUCUGAAGAAGAAGCCGUUAAUCAGAUACGAAAAGAGCAGUCCUCUGGCUACAAAACUGGCCUCCGAAGUCCGCUACAUAAUGACAAAAGAGGAGCAGUUAUUCGAUUUCCGGAAAGUUGACACGCCUCCUAUACUUCUCAUCCUGGAUCGCAGGGAGGAUCCGGUGACACCUCUUCUCACCCAGUGGACUUACCAGGCCAUGGUUCACCAUCUUCUCGGCAUCAAGAACGGCCGAGUUGACCUUAGCGAGGUUCCCGAUAUCCGGCCCGAGCUCAAGGAAAUUGUCCUCUCUCAAGACCAGGAUCCGUUCUUCAAGAAGAAUAUGUAUCUGAACUUUGGCGACUUGGGCGGAACGAUCAAGGAAUAUGUCGAGCAAUACCAGUCCAAGACAAAGAACAAUGCCAAUAUUGAGUCAAUAUCUGACAUGAAACGGUUCAUCGAAGAGUAUCCGGAAUUUCGGAAGCUCUCCGGGAAUGCUGUGCAAAAAAUAAUCCAGUCCCCUAACAUAACGACAGGAAGCAAGGUUGGAGUGGUAGCUCUAUAUGCCUUGCGCUAUCAGAGGCACCCCUCAACUGCCCUUCCCAUGCUCAUGGAUCUUCUCGUGGCGGCCGGCAAUGUGUCUACGAGACAAGCAGAUCUCGUCAAGAAAGUUCUCACCUAUCAUUCUUCAUUACACACCUCGGACUCUCGGACCGGCAUUUCAGACAUAUUCGACUCGGCUGGCAUCUUCUCUGGCACAGCAAACCGAUUCAAGGGUCUCAAGGGCGUGGAAAACGUUUAUACGCAGCAUAGCUCGCUGCUGGAAGGCACCUUGCAGAAUCUCAUCAAGGGUAGACUAAAGGAGCAACAGUAUCCGUUUGUGGACGACGGCAGUUCUACUAGAGACAAGCCGCAGGACAUUAUCGUUUUCAUGGUUGGCGGUGUGACGUACGAGGAGGCCAAAAUGAUUGCUGGAGUCAACGCUACGAUGCCUGGCGUGCGUGUGGUUCUUGGUGGCACAUCAGUUCAUAACGCGACAACAUUUUUGGAGGAGGUUGAGGACGCCGUCUCCUCUUGGGCUUGA